ACUACUUUCACAUGCGGACGGAUAUUGCAAGAUGACGUGUACAGACUCCGGUAUAUAAUACAGUGUCCGCCUGUACUGCAGUACAUCGCUUCAGAAGAAGACUACAGAAGAUAUAGCUGUGCUGCCAUAAUACGAAAUAUUUGCUGCGUUUCUUGAAAGCACAAAUAUGCAGAUCUUUGUGAAAACUCUCACUGGCAAGACCAUCACCCUUGAGGUUGAGCCAAGCGACACUAUUGAGAACGUGAAGGCCAAGAUCCAGGAUAAAGAAGGCAUUCCCCCAGACCAGCAGAGGCUGAUCUUUGCUGGCAAGCAGCUCGAAGAUGGCCGCACCCUCUCCGACUACAACAUCCAGAAAGAAUCCACCCUCCAUCUUGUCCUGCGUCUGAGGGGCGGCAUGCAGAUCUUCGUUAAAACCCUUACUGGCAAGACCAUCACCCUUGAGGUUGAGCCCAGUGACACUAUUGAGAAUGUCAAGGCCAAGAUCCAAGACAAGGAAGGCAUUCCCCCAGACCAGCAGAGGCUGAUCUUCGCCGGCAAGCAGCUUGAAGAUGGCCGCACCCUCUCCGACUACAACAUCCAGAAAGAAUCCACCCUCCAUCUUGUCCUGCGUCUGAGGGGCGGCAUGCAGAUCUUUGUCAAGACCCUCACUGGCAAGACCAUCACCCUGGAGGUUGAGCCAAGCGACACCAUUGAGAAUGUCAAGGCCAAGAUCCAGGACAAGGAAGGCAUUCCCCCAGACCAGCAGAGGCUGAUCUUCGCCGGCAAGCAGCUUGAAGAUGGCCGCACCCUCUCCGACUACAACAUCCAGAAAGAAUCAACCCUCCACCUUGUCCUGCGUCUGAGGGGCGGCAUGCAGAUCUUUGUCAAGACCCUCACUGGCAAGACCAUCACCCUGGAGGUUGAGCCCAGUGACACUAUUGAGAAUGUCAAGGCCAAGAUCCAAGACAAGGAAGGCAUUCCCCCAGACCAGCAGAGGCUGAUCUUUGCCGGCAAGCAGCUUGAAGAUGGCCGCACCCUCUCCGACUACAACAUCCAGAAAGAAUCCACCCUCCAUCUUGUCCUGCGUCUGAGGGGCGGCAUGCAGAUCUUUGUCAAGACCCUCACUGGCAAGACCAUCACCCUUGAGGUUGAGCCCAGUGACACUAUUGAGAAUGUCAAGGCCAAGAUCCAGGACAAGGAAGGCAUUCCCCCAGACCAGCAGAGGCUGAUCUUUGCUGGCAAGCAGCUUGAAGAUGGCCGCACCCUCUCCGACUACAACAUCCAGAAAGAAUCCACCCUCCAUCUUGUCCUGCGUCUGAGGGGUGGCAUGCAGAUCUUUGUCAAGACCCUCACUGGCAAGACCAUCACCUUGGAGGUUGAGCCAAGUGACACUAUUGAGAACGUCAAGGCCAAGAUCCAAGACAAGGAAGGCAUUCCCCCAGACCAGCAGAGGCUGAUCUUUGCCGGCAAGCAGCUUGAGGAUGGCCGCACCCUCUCCGACUACAACAUCCAGAAAGAAUCCACCCUCCAUCUUGUCUUGCGUCUGAGGGGCGGCAUGCAGAUCUUUGUCAAGACCCUCACCGGCAAGACCAUCACCCUUGAGGUUGAGCCAAGCGACACUAUUGAGAACGUCAAGGCCAAGAUCCAAGACAAGGAAGGCAUUCCCCCAGACCAGCAGAGGCUGAUCUUUGCCGGCAAGCAGCUUGAAGAUGGCCGCACCCUCUCCGACUACAACAUCCAGAAAGAAUCCACCCUCCAUCUUGUCCUGCGUCUGAGGGGCGGCAUGCAGAUCUUUGUCAAGACCCUCACUGGCAAGACCAUCACCCUGGAGGUUGAGCCAAGUGACACUAUUGAAAAUGUCAAGGCCAAGAUCCAGGACAAGGAAGGCAUUCCCCCAGACCAGCAGAGGCUGAUCUUUGCUGGGAAGCAGCUGGAGGAUGGCCGUACCCUCUCCGACUACAACAUCCAGAAAGAGUCCACUCUCCAUCUUGUCCUGCGUCUGAGGGGUGGGCAGUAAAGCACAAACAUGCAGAUCUUUGUAAAGACACUCACUGGCAAGACCAUCACCCUUGAGGUUGAGCCCAGUGACACCAUAGAGAAUGUCAAGGCUAAGAUCCAGGACAAGGAGGGCAUUCCCCCAGACCAGCAGAGGCUGAUCUUUGCCGGAAAGCAGCUGGAAGAUGGUCGCACCCUCUCCGACUAUAACAUCCAGAAGGAGUCCACCCUCCAUCUUGUCCUGCGUCUGAGGGGCGGCAUGCAGAUCUUUGUCAAGACCCUCACUGGCAAGACCAUCACCCUGGAGGUUGAGCCCAGUGACACUAUUGAGAACGUCAAGGCCAAGAUCCAGGACAAGGAAGGCAUUCCCCCAGACCAGCAGAGGCUGAUCUUUGCCGGCAAGCAGCUUGAGGAUGGCCGUACCCUCUCUGACUACAACAUCCAGAAAGAAUCCACCCUCCAUCUUGUCCUGCGUCUGAGGGGCGGCAUGCAGAUCUUUGUCAAGACCCUCACUGGCAAGACCAUCACCCUGGAGGUUGAGCCUAGCGACACUAUUGAGAACGUCAAGGCCAAGAUCCAGGACAAGGAAGGCAUUCCCCCAGACCAACAGAGGCUGAUCUUUGCCGGCAAGCAGCUUGAAGAUGGCCGCACCCUUUCCGACUACAACAUCCAGAAGGAGUCCACCCUCCAUCUUGUCCUGCGUCUGAGGGGUGGUCAAUAAAUCAUUCCAUGUUUUUACUUGAUUUACAUGACAGCAUAUCCCAAUAAAAUAUUAUAGUUUAUAAGGUG